GCAUCCACACCCUGCAAUAUAAUUGUUCAACAAUUCAUUCAAUAGUUUUCUUAUUUGAAUUAGUCUUAACUUUUUUUUCAAAUAAUAAACUAAACUGCUUUUUAUUCAUUGUUAAUUUCACUUAAUAUCUACUUUAAAACUUAUUGACAUUUCUCAAAAUGGAUAGAAACGAUAUUCAUGAUGUACAUCAACUUACUCCUUCUCUACAAAAUGUAGUCAACCAGGAUAGUUUGAAAUGGAUUUUUGUCGGCGGCAAAGGAGGUGUUGGUAAAACUACUUGCAGUUGUAGUUUGGCCAUACAAUUAACUAAAGUCCGUGUAUCAGUACUUUUAUUAUCAACUGAUCCAGCACACAAUAUAUCUGAUGCUUUUGGACAACGAUUUACAAAAUCCCCUACUAAAGUUGAAGGUUUCAACAAUUUAUUUGCCAUGGAAAUAGAUCCUAAUGUUGAAGAUGAAUUCGAUAACUUUUUUGGAAGUAACGAUGCAUCUGAAUCAAUGCAGUUGAGUAACAGUUUUAUGAAAUCUAUUCUAGCAGCUAUUCCAGGUAUUGAUGAGGCAAUGAGUUACGCUCAAAUAAUGAAGUUGGUUGAUAGUAUGGAAUUUUCAGUUGUUGUAUUUGACACAGCUCCUACUGGACAUACUUUGAGACUACUGACAUUCCCGUUGAUGAUCGAAAAAGCUAUAAAAAAAAUUUUGAAACUUAAAAAUAAAUUAGGCCCUUACCUAAACCAAAUUGUUGGGCUUUUUGGAGCUGAUAUUAAUGUUGAUGAUACUGCAAGAAAACUUGAAGAAAUAUUGGCUACAAUUAAAGCUGUUAAUCAACAAUUAAAAAAUCCUGAUAAAACCACAUUCGUUUGUGUAUGCAUUGCUGAAUUUUUGUCAUUGUAUGAAACAGAAAGGCUUAUUCAAGAAUUAACCAAAAAUGAAAUUGAUACACAUAAUGUUAUUGUUAAUCAAUUAUACAUUAGCAAUGGCCCCUCGGACCAUAAUUGUAAAAAGUGUUCUUCUAGACAGGCAUUACAGCGCACUUAUCUACAACAGAUAAAUGAUUUAUACCUUGAUUUCCAUGUCACUAAGCUUCCAUUGUUAGAAAAUGAAGUACGCGGUGUUUCAGAUCUAACAGAGUUUUCUAAGUACUUAAUAAACCCGAAUUAUAUGUUUAAUAACACCAAAUAGGUAACAAUUAUUGUUCUGGUUAUUUUUUUUUUUACAAUCAAUCUAAACAACAUUUUUUUUAAAUUGUAGUUUAU